CGGCGUCCCGCGUGCUGCGGCCACAGCCGCUGCGAUCAGGCGCCGCGGCGGCCAACCCCGUGGAGGUUGGGCGUCAGGUCCUCUCCGGGCCGCCGCUCCGCGCCGCUCUGGGGGAGACCCGGGCAGAAGCCCAAGGGCAGCUACGGGGCCGCGGAGGCCGCGGGCGCCGCGGAGGCCAGCCCUACCCCAGCGGAUCCCCCCAAACAGGUUUCACUGGCUUAAGGAUGACAGUCCUAGGGCAGCCGGGGAGUUGGAGCUGCCAGUGGUUGCCAGUCCUGAUACUGCUGCUGGGCUCAGGUUAUGAGCCAGGGGUGGAAGGUGUGACACACUACAAGGCCGGUGACCCCGUCAUUCUCUACGUCAACAAAGUGGGACCCUACCACAACCCUCAGGAGACUUACCACUACUAUCAGCUUCCGGUCUGCUGCCCUGAGAAGAUCCGUCACAAAAGCCUUAGCCUGGGUGAAGUGCUGGAUGGGGACCGAAUGGCCGAGUCUUUGUACGAGAUACGCUUUCGGGAGAAUGUGGAGAAGAGAAUUCUGUGCCACAUGCAGCUCAAUUCUGCACAGGUGGAACAACUUCGCCAGGCCAUUGAGGAACUGUACUACUUCGAAUUUGUAGUGGACGACUUGCCAAUCCGUGGCUUUGUGGGCUACAUGGAGGAGAGUGGCUUCCUGCCUCACAGCCACAAAAUAGGGCUCUGGACCCAUUUGGACUUCCACCUAGAAUUCCAUGGAGAUCGAAUUAUAUUUGCCAAUGUCUCAGUGCGGGACGUCAAGCCCCACAGCUUAGAUGGGUUACGACCCGAUGAGUUCCUAGGCCUCACCCACACCUACAGUGUGCGCUGGUCUGAGACUUCAGUGGAACGUCGGAGUGACAGGCGCCGUGGUGAUGAUGGUGGUUUCUUUCCCAGAACACUGGAAAUCCACUGGUUGUCCAUCAUCAAUUCCAUGGUGCUUGUGUUUUUACUGGUGGGUUUUGUGGCUGUCAUUCUCAUGCGUGUGCUUCGAAAUGACCUGGCUCGAUACAACUUGGAUGAGGAGACUACGUCUGCAGGUUCUGGUGAUGACUUUGACCAAGGUGACAAUGGCUGGAAAAUUAUCCAUACAGAUGUCUUCCGCUUCCCUCCAUACCGUGGUCUGCUCUGUGCUGUGCUUGGUGUGGGUGCCCAGUUCCUGGCCCUUGGCACUGGCAUUAUUGUCAUGGCGCUGCUGGGCAUGUUCAAUGUGCACCGUCAUGGGGCCAUUAACUCGGCAGCCAUCUUGUUGUAUGCCCUGACCUGCUGCAUCUCUGGCUACGUGUCCAGCCACUUCUACCGGCAGAUUGGAGGCGAGCGUUGGGUGUGGAACAUCAUUCUUACCACCAGCCUCUUCUCUGUGCCUUUCUUCCUGACAUGGAGUGUGGUGAACUCGGUGCAUUGGGCUAAUGGUUCGACACAGGCUCUGCCAGCCACCACCAUACUGCUGCUGCUGACAGUUUGGCUGCUGGUGGGCUUUCCCCUCACGGUCAUCGGAGGCAUCUUCGGGAAGAACAAUGCUAGCCCCUUUGACGCACCUUGUCGCACCAAGAACAUCGCCCGGGAAAUCCCACCCCAGCCCUGGUACAAGUCUACACUCAUCCACAUGACUGUUGGAGGCUUCCUGCCUUUCAGUGCCAUCUCUGUGGAGCUCUACUACAUCUUUGCCACAGUCUGGGGUCGGGAACAGUACACUCUGUAUGGCAUCCUCUUCUUUGUCUUCGCCAUCCUGCUGAGCGUGGGGGCAUGCAUCUCCAUUGCGCUCACCUACUUCCAGUUGUCUGGGGAGGAUUACCGCUGGUGGUGGCGAUCUGUGCUGAGUGUUGGCUCCACUGGGCUCUUCAUCUUCCUCUACUCCGUUUUCUACUAUGCCCGGCGCUCCAACAUGUCAGGGGCGGUACAGACAGUAGAGUUUUUUGGCUACUCCUUACUCACUGGUUAUGUCUUCUUCCUCAUGCUAGGCACCAUCUCCUUUUUUUCUUCCCUAAAGUUCAUCCGUUAUAUCUAUGUUAACCUCAAGAUGGACUGAGUUUUGGAUGACAAAAUUAUUGCUCUUCUCUCCCAUUCUUCACGUCCAGAGGCCCACUGAUCUUUCUUACCAACGUCUCUUCUAAUUGACUGAAUUGUGUGAUAGCAUUGUUGCCUUCCCCUUUGCCCUUUGGGCCUCCUUUCCCCCGGAGAGCCUGAAAAUUACAAAUCUCUAUUAUAUAAGGAGUAUAUAUUUGAACUUUUUAAGUUGCCUUUAGUUUUCGUCCUGAUUUUUCUUUUUACAAUUAUCAAAAUAAAAUUUAUUAAGAAAAAGGA